UAACUAUAGUGUCUGGAGGAGCGCGAGUGUGACCGUUAAUCGUUAACUUCACGAGCCGGGUUUCUCUUCAGCGUAUUCAUGAGGGCUUAAAAGGUGCCAACAAGGAAACCCCCAACACGGACUCUCUGUGGAGCUGCCGCCGAAGAAAGAGGAGCCAUGGACUAUAUAAAAAACCACAACACUUAUCUCCCCUUCUUCAUUUUGAUAAUGAGCAGUACCUGCCACGCUCUUUUUGACCGAUUUCUGGACGAAGACUUCCCAGAUGAGUUUCUUCCUCAUCCCCUGGACAAUGACAGCCACUUUCCCUCCUGUGAUUUUGAGUCACCGUGUCUCUGGACUUUAUCGAACAGCAGCCGAAGUGACUGGUUAUUGGUGUCGCCACAGCAACCACAGAGUACAAAGGCUGAGAUGAUGCCUGCAACUGACAACUCAGAGGGAAGGUCUGAUGGACACUUCCUUCUUUUAACCCCGUCACCUGAAGCUGAGGCCUCUGGGAAAUGUGACUACCAGUUAAUGAGCCCAGUAUUGCCAAAAAGCAGCAUGGACUGCCUGCUUCAGGUGGCUGUGUAUGAGGCCGGCCCCGUGGUGGGGAACCUCACAUUGCUGAUCAAGCCUGCUCAACCAGAUUCAGACGUUCACUCGGAGAUGCUGCACCACAGGGGACGAGACGACCGCAGGGCUGAGUGGCAGAUUUUUGGAGUUACAAUUGGCUGGAUGGCUGGACCCUUUCAGGUGACCCUGCUCUACACUUCGUGUGAGAGAGAAGCCACUGUGGCUCUGGACUCGCUGGAGUUCAUAAACUGCGAAUCAGAACACCAUUUCGGUGAAAUGAAUCCCAUUUGUGAGGAAUCUUUCCACUGCAACCACUCAGGAGACUGCAUCGACACGAGCCAAGUGUGUAACUUCCACACGGACUGUCCAUAUGGAGAAGACGAGGGCUUCAUCUGUGAUGCUCUCCCCUUUGGCUCAUACUGUUCGUUUGACGGGGAUUCAUGUGGUUGGUCUAUGUCCAACCAGCACUCGGGCUGGAGGAGAGUUGCAGGAGAUGAGCUCAUGAAGAGAAAAGACAUGCAGGGUUUCGCUCUGCAGCGCACACAAGGGCACUUCUUGUUUCUCCCUGUCAGAGAGAGUAAUUCACUUAAAGAAGCGUUCGUUCAGAGCUCUGCAUUCCCUCGUCCAGUCUCUUCUGUUGCUUGCCAGAUGUAUUUCUCUCUGUACCUGCGUGGUCAUUUUAACGGCUCGUUGCAAGUGGCUAUAGAGGAAAACGGGACCGUCGCCGCAGUACGGGUCUGGGAGAGGAAUGGUCAAGCCGAAGAUAACUGGGAACCGGUUGCCCUGGAACUGACUGACCUUCAUCACGGGUUUCGUGUUAAAGUGACAGCUGUGUGGGGACAAGGCUCCAAUGCUGACGUUGCUCUAGAUGACAUUGCACUUGGAGCAGCCUGCUUCCAGUCAGAUCUCAACUUUCUGCUGCCCGCGACCGACUUUGAAGAUUUCUUAAGCCCCCUUCCAGAGCCUUUGGCCUCAGAGGUUUCUCUGAUGACUUGGUGGUUUACAUCAUGCGGUGCCAGUGGACCACAGGGCCCAACCCAAGCCCAGUGUGACAGCACUUACAGGAACAAAAAUAUCAACGUUACUGUGGGGAAGGGGGGACACUUGAAAGGAAUUCAGAUGUGGAAGGUGCCUGCUACUAACAGAUACCUGAUCUCUGCUUAUGGGGCUGCAGGAGGAAAAGGAGCCAAAAACCACAACAAACGCAACCAUGGGGUCUUUAUUUCUGCCAUCUUUCCUCUGGAAAAAGGAGAUAUGCUUUACAUCUUGGUGGGACACCAGGGAGAGGAUGCAUGCCCAGGGAGAAAUCCUCACACCCAAAAGAUCUGCCUCGGAGAGUCAUCUGUGAUUGAAGACAACCUCAAGCUGCAGGCUGGUGUAGAGUGGGCUGGAGGAGGAGGCGGAGGAGGGGGAGCAACGUACGUCUUUAAGAAGGAGGGUGGAGAGCUGGUUCCCUUGCUGAUCGCAGCUGGUGGAGGAGGAAAUGCCUACCUGGAGGACCCUGAGUCCAGUCUGGACAACAUACCACUGGAGCAGUAUGAAAACAGCACCGAAGCUCCCAGUAGCAAUGGCCAAACUGGUGCAGCAGGUGGAGGUGGCGGCUGGAAAGAUAGUUCAAGUUCUCACCUGAUAGCUGGCAGAUCCCUGGUGGAAGGUGCCGAGGGGGGAUCUUCAUGCCCCCUGGCGCUGUCUAAGCUCAGCUGGUCGACCUUCGGAGGGUUUGGAGGAGGAGGCGGUGCGUGCACAGCUGGAGGAGGUGGAGGAGGAUACAGAGGAGGCGAUGCUGCAUUGACAGAUGACAUCACAGCUGAUGGUCAGAAUGGAAUUUCAUUUAUUCACCCGAUGGGAGAGAUUUUUCUGCAGCCUCUGGCAGCAAUGGAAAGUCACGGUGAGUGUGAGAUCAAGGUGCAGCUGAACUGCAGCCACUGUCAGACGCAGAGCUGCAAACGAGAAGCAGAUACUCACCUCAUCCUCUGCCUCUGUGAUGAUGAUGAUGAAGUCCUGGACAUUGACAACGUUACAUGUUCUAGGCCUCUAACGGCUCAUCAAAGCCCGACUCCACCGGGCCCGAUGCCGACAUCCCUGAUCCUGGCUGUUGUGGUCUCCACCGUCGCCAGCGGCUUUGCGCUGGUCUGCGCCGGCGUCAUCCUCAUGUGGUACCGCAAAAAGAACGACCUGCAUGCAGUGAGGGGGCGUCUUCAGAGUCCCGAGUAUAAGCUGAGCAAAAUCCGUUCCUCCACCAUCAUGACGGACUACAACCCAAACUACUUUUUCACCGGCAAAGCCGCUUCGUUCAGUGAGCUGAAGGAAGUGCCACGCAAGAACAUCACCCUACUGAGGGCUCUUGGUCAUGGAGCCUUCGGUGAAGUCUAUGAAGGUCAAGUUCUGGGGAUGAGUGGUGAUGGCAGUGCUAUGCAGGUGGCCAUAAAGACUCUACCAGAAAUCUGCUCCGAACAGGAUGAAAUGGAUUUCCUGAUGGAGGCACUGAUUAUGAGCAAGUUCAGCCAUGAGAACAUCGUGCGCUGCAUUGGCGUCAGUCUGAACAUCCUGCCGCGCUUCAUCCUGCUGGAGCUGAUGACCGGAGGAGACAUGAAGAGCUUUUUGAGAAGAAACAGGCCACGAGCGGGCCAGACGUCGUCUCUCACCAUGCGGGAUCUGCUGCGCAUGGCCAGAGAUAUCGCCUGUGGAUGUCGCUAUCUGGAGGAGAACCACUUCAUACACAGAGACAUCGCUGCCAGAAAUUGCCUCCUUACCUGCCCUGGGUCGGACAGAGUGGCUAAGAUUGGAGACUUUGGCAUGGCACGAGAUAUUUACAGAGCCAGCUAUUACAGGAAGGGCGGCCGGGCCAUGCUGCCAGUUAAAUGGAUGCCACCAGAAGCCUUCAUGGAGGGGAUCUUCACCUGCAAAACUGACACAUGGUCAUUUGGAGUUCUGCUCUGGGAGAUCCUCUCGCUGGGUUACAUGCCAUAUCCUUGUAAAACCAACCAGGAGGUCCUGGAGUUUGUCACCAGCGGAGGCAGAAUGGAUCCUCCCAAAGCCUGCCCAGGGCCUGUCUAUCGGAUCAUGACCCAGUGUUGGCAGCACUGUCCUGAGCAUCGGCCCAACUUCUCGACUAUCCUGGAGAGAAUCAACUACUGUACUCAGGAUCCAGAUGUGAUCAACACGCCUCUACCUGUGGAAUAUGGCCCCAACACGGACGAUGACGGAGGCACUGUAAUCCGUCCUACUGACCCGACAUCUACCUGCCUCACUCCACUUCUAGUCUCACACCCUCCCUCCCAGGAUUGUCCCUCCCAGCUGGGUUUCUCAGCCAUGGGCCUGGGUCCCACCCCUCUUCCCCUGCAGCCUACAAAGCCCCGUCUGCUCCUGCAGAGGACCCAACCUGUCCACCAUGAAGUCACAUCAUGUCGCGAGGUUUUGGAGCCAUGCUGGGCUGAGCCCGUUCCUGCCCCUGGUUUGUCAGCGGUCUCCAACUGGCUCCACCCUGAGCCUCCUCAUCACCGACCCUGCUCCAGAAACAGCUCUUCCUCAGAGAACCAGAGGCUGAAGAACAAGACUAAGAACCUCUGGAACCCCACAUAUGGAUCCUGGGUCUUGGAUAACUUAAGGGGGAAGAAGGCGCUCACUCACACCCAGUCCAUGCCACUCUCGAGCUCCACCUCCAAAACGCAGACCCACAGCCCAGCUUCAGAAAACCACGAGGCUGGCAGUGACGGCACCAGCAGCACCUACCUCAGCCCUAAAAGCCUCUGCAAUUCCUCGACUUCAUCUUCUUCUUGCCAGGCUCAGGCUGCCUCUAGCACGUCCUCCCAUAAGACCCCAGCAGGCGGUGGCACAAAAUCUAUGGACCUUGCUAAGCUCCAGAGUUUCCCCUGUGGCAACGUCAACUAUGCCUACGACGAGCAAAGCUAUGAGGCAGAAAGCCUGCCGUUGGUUGUGCCCAAAGCCCCAGAAGAUGUGAAAAACACCAGCUCUGCUACCAGUGUCUCAUCAGGGACUAGCCUGGGACUGGCAUUAGGCCUCCAUACCCCUUCAUCCUGCAUGCCCAAGCUGCUGCUGCUGAAGCGCCAUGCCAGCUACGGGCAUGAGGAUGUGAGGAGACACACCAAAGCUGAGAAACCCACACGUGACAGAGACUCUGGCUUUUCUCUGUCUGAAGACCUCAGUGUUACUCCUAUCUAAGAAAAGGAUAACACUUCAAAUGUCACCUGAAUCCAUUUCUCACAAACUGAGACUUUAGCUCUGGAAUUUUUAGAAUAAAAAGCAUGACCAUGAAGGCUCCUUCAUGGUCAAGUGCCACAGUGUCUGAUUCUUACAGCUCCUAGAAUGCUGGAAAACACAUCUGAACAUUCCCGUCCACACAAACACUCUGCACUGUAAUACAGAGAGCCAACACUGGAGCCCUGUCAAAGGCUUCUGAUACCAUAGUAGCUGAACACUGAUGCUGAAACACUGGGAGACUCACGGCCCUGCACUUCCUCAGUGUCCACACUGUGGG